AUGUUCAGAAAAACUCCACAGGCCACAGACAAAGUUGAUGAGCCAGAGAAUGACAAAGGCAACCACCCACCCAACCCUGACCUGUCGAAAACUGGCACUCUGGCACCCAAAGCCAACCUGCCAUGCAGGGAGUGCAUGAAGGUUGAUGCCAAGUGUGAAGGUCUUCCUAGGGAGUCAUGCAAGCAAUGUAGACAGGCCAAGCAGAAGUGCAGCUGGUUGCUCAGAGUGGGUAGGAAGUGCAAGAAUGCUGGAAGUGGAGAGAUGGCUGCUGGGCUGUCACAUAAAUGGGUCAAAUCAGUAACAGUAAUGGUGAUGACUGAAACUCCAGUGUUGACCAGGUUGAAACUUCAAAUCCCUGCUUGCAAACCACCUCCCAGGCAAAAUUCCAAACCAUCUCCCAAGCACCCAACACCUCAUGCUACAACCCCUGCACCUCAACCUCACCCUGAGCCAACUCUGCCUCCAACAGACAAUCUGGGAGACCUCAGCAAUGGUGGACUCUUUGGCAGACCAAUGGGAUUAUUGGACAAUCCACCUGCACCUGUUGUCAACACACAGGAUGGGUCCAAGGGUCCCCCAGUCAAAGAAACUCCACUGGUUGCAAACCUGAGUGAAUCAACUAUGUGCGAGGCUCUUGCUGAGUGCAUCCAACUGUUGGAGGGCAGGGUGGAUGAUGAGGAGUUUGAGUUGACCCAGAUCCACCAGAUGCUGGGACUGUUGGUGAUGCGAGUAGAGCGACAGAUUGGUGCAGUUCAGGGGAGAUGUGAGGAGCUGAAGAGGUUGAAGGAUCAGCUCAAAGAUAUGUAG